AUGCCCUCACCCCAAAAUCUGCAAUCGCAGUUGCCGCUUCAGUCUUCUCCUGUCCCCUCACCUCUUCAGCGGCAGCCGACUCCGACCUGUGUCCCCGAAGACACUCAUCUCAACGCCUUGAUCUUCAUUUGCGACGUUGAACAAACGGCGAGCUCCUCCUUUGGUCGUAUUGGAUGGUGCACCAGCAGCAGCCAAGGGUUACAACUCAAUAUCAACUCUCAAUCCUCAUUCUGUAAAAAAUGGUUCUACUUGAAGCCCCCAAUUAGCCAGCAGAAGCGCUACCUGGAGAUGAGAAAGAAUGGCAGGAUGGAGAAAGCUUGCAAGUCCAUUCCUGAGGUCAGUUUGGAAGUUGACCGCGUCGCCAUUAGGUUAAACAAAGUCACCAUCUAAGUGGACCGAGCCACUCCUGCUGAUUCAACACACAAAAAACUGAAGCCAAAGUUGGUUCCUCAACCUCACAAAGUUCUGUAAGCCUAACUUAGUCACCUGUUACUGAGCGUUGUGCAAAAGGAAGCAGUAACUGAAUUGUGUUCUUGCUGCAAAUCCUUUUAUCGGCAUUUGAAUGCCCACAUUGUAAUGAUAGGUAAGCUGGUUUUUAUGAGUAAUUGUUGUCCAUACACAAGAUAACAUUUGCUGAUUAUCGAUUGUCCGACAUGGCUACUUCACAGGUUUUGCGUGGUUACAAAAUGUAGUUAUAGUGUUAGUUGAUGCAAAUUUAUUUUUAAUUUGUGAAAGCCGAUGCAUUCAUUUGCAGAGAAGGAAUCCAAAAGGAAAAAACUGAAACUGUUGCACAGUUGACACUGAAAACUUCACCUUUAGUGAACCGAGUCUCCUGUUUUCCAUAUAAAACUUUGCUGUUGGGAAUGUACACUUUUGUCAUAUCCGAAGUUCUUAGGCUUAAAAAUUUGCCUCAAGAGGACACUCUUAGUUCGCAGAGUAGUCUGUGAUCAUGCUUGCAUACUAUUGUACAUGAUACUCGAUAGAGUUAAUUUGUGAGUUGAAGGCGUUAAGAACUCAGUUCUUUGAAUUAAAGAAUAUCCUGAAUGAGAAGAAAAAUGAAAUGCAGCCUCUCCAGUAGGCAUUGGGGAAGCUCUGGAACAAUAAUAAUGGUCAUGGUGGUAUAUGCUCAUCAGAAGAAGAGCUCUAUGAUCUGGUACGUUGUAUAAUUUAUCAUUUGAACUAACAAUUUCCGUGAGGUUCGUAAAUAAUUGGUUUGAUUUUCAUUGCUACUUUUUCUAAAUGAUUACACGGUAUGUUUUUUCCUAUGGUGUGCUGGUGUAGCCAGUGGCAUCCCGGCAGGUCACUAACCACAGGUUUUCAAUGUUCUUGGGCUAUGAUUCAUCAUCUAUACUCACCAGUUUUCAUGUUCCUUCUCUCUCAAUUUCGGUUUCUUUUCGUUAUUAUUUCUUGGAUGACUCCCAAGGAACUGCUUUAUCUUUGCUUUGUGUUUCUACUUUCCUGAACCAGGCUUCACUUUCGCAUCUGGGAGAUAGUUGAAACUGUUUGAUAGCAUACUGGGGGGCUUGGUUUGCUUGCACUUGCGUAUUUCAUUUUAAGGAAAUCAAUGUCGUCUAACUUAUUUCAUUUUUUUAUAAGAAUGCAUACAUGUGUGAUGAUCAUUCAAGGAGAAUGCUACCAUUUGAUAGCCAUCCAGUCAGAGUCAAGCAACAAGGUGCUUCAAACAUUAGCAGAAAGAUCUCUUAAUUGAGCUACACAAGAUAGUUGACGCCGCUGCAACUUUAAGGACUCCAAGAGAUGGGAGAAAGAGGAUUUGGACCUAUCUACAUGCUUGAAUUUACACUGCUGUAAACCGAUGAGAACCGAAAUGUUUCCUGUUACGACAUUAAAACUUUCUAUACUAAUCAUAGUAAAUUCAUUCUAAUUAUUCAGGGUGUAAUGAUAGAUGGACAAGUGAUUGUGAAGAGCCUAUCAAGCAAUUCUGGGCAACGCAACAAUCAAGGCGAUGACGAGAUUAUGCAAGCGAGGAAUGCCAGGAAUAAAGGUGAAGAAUUCAGACAGAAGAAAAACUAAGCAAAGAAUAAGCGAAUUAGAAGAAAUCCAUGGUGGUAGGUGAAACAUGAAGUUGUGAAGCAGUAAUAAAGUUUCAGUUUCUAAGUCCUCUUCCUUCCUUAGAUUUGUUCGCCUAUUUGUUGACCUUGGUCACACCGGUUUGCUUUUCCUUUCAGACAUUAGUGACACACUCGACCUGUUUUCAGUGUUGUCACAGGUUAGUGCUUUAGCGAUUCCUGAUUCCACUGUAAUUUGCUUUCUAAACAUGCAUGGACUUAUAUGAGUUAUCUAAGACUUCGAGGAAGCAAUUUCAGAUUC